AUGGCAAACGUGCUCAAGCGGAAAUCGUUGUCCGUAGAUGCCAAGGUGCAGAUCAUCAACGCAGUCGCCAAGGGUGAAAAGAAAAAGGACGUAGCUGCGAGGUUCGGAAUCCCGGUGAAUUCUUUGUCAACGAUCCUGAAGGGCAAAGAGAACAUCCUUGCAGCCGUCGCAGCGGGGACCAGCACCACGAGGAAGAGGCUGAAGGUUGCACAUUAUGACGACGUCGACAAAGCAACGUUCACCUGGUUCUUGGAGAUGCUUGCCUCACGUGUUCCACUCACCGGUGCUAUCGUAGUUCUGUGUGGCGAAUCUCUUUCUGCCGACGUUGUUGGGGCUGCCACGUGGCAGGAAGAAGAACUGAAAGGAAUCUUGGAGAAAUACCAGCCUAAAGACAUCUACAACGCGGAUGAGACCGCCUUGUUUUACCAGAUGAUGCCUGGACGCACUCUGACCCUGAAGGGACGCCGUUGUGAAGGUGGGACUCAAAGUAAGCAACGGUUUUCCGUCCUUUUCUGUGUGAACAUGGACAGCAGCGACAAGCGGCUAGCCAGAACCCUUACUGCUUUCGAGGAAGGAGGGUCCCGGUGA